AUGGUGGGUGGUCCAUACUUUGGAGCAAAAGCACGUAUCAAUGUAUGGAAUCCAGAUCCACAUGGAACAAUAAGUAUUUCUCAAAUUUGGGUUGUGUCAUCACAUAAAAAUUAUGACCAACUUAAUUCUGUAGAAGCUGGUUGGAUAAGUGAUGGGUAUAGAAGCACAGGUUGUUACAAUCAUGAUUGCCCUGGUUUUGUACAACACAAGGAGAGUGGACAAUGGUGGGUGCAAUAUCAAAAUGAGCCAAUAGGUUAUUGGCCCAACUCCAUAUUCACGACUCUGAAGAAUGGUGCAGACCUCCUGAGUUGGGGUGGCGAAAUUGUUAACAACGGGAUUAAUCAUCACACGGAGACUCAGAUGGGGAGUGGUCAUUUUCCGGCCGAGGGUUUCGGUAGAGCAAGCUUUUUUAGUAAUAUUGAGUACAUCGAUAGUUCCAGGCUCCUCAGAGAUCCUAACAAAUUCAUCACUUAUGCUACCAAGCCUUCAUGCUACGAUGUCAAAGUCGCAAUCGACAACUCAGCUUUAGGAGCUCAUUUCUUCUAUGGUGGUCCUGGCUAUUCUGAUAAAUGUCGAAUUUGA